AUGUCUCAGCGACCUCCGCGGAACUUCCGCCGGCGCCAGGCGGACUCGGGCUCCAGCUCUGACCCUGACCUCGGCCCCGAGCCCAGUCCUGAUUCGGGCCUCAGCGGCCGAGCCUCCGAGCGCGCAUCCGGAGCCUCGGGGAGUCGGGGCCGCGCCCGCGUUUGGGCAACUUCCCGCCGUGCAGGUUUGUAUGGUGGCUACGGAGUUGGGCGGGACGUGGGGCGGGGCUUGAUGGCGUUGUACCCGGGCCUCCGGGGCGGGACUGAGCCCAGGCUGGAACAGAUCCAGCUCCCGCCUCAGUUUCCCUCCCUGACGAGAGAGGGCGCUGCCGUCCCAGUGGGGCGUCCUGGGGGGCGGGGGGGCGGGGAAGACCCCCGGGAGACCCUUCCGGCUCCGAACCCUGAGGCCCAGGACUUCUCGGGGAGCAGCGGGGACUCAGCAGCGGUGGCCCUGAAGGCCCAGAGCAGUUGCGGGGAGGAUCCCCCUAACCUGGGCUUCACCACCGCCAGGAGGGCAGGGAACCUCUCUGAUCCGGCUCAAGCCCCAGUAGCGCGAAGAAGGUGGCGCCAGGGGGCCCAGGCACAAGCCGACUUCCUCCCGCUGAGUGGGAAGCCCCAGGACUGCGUCUUUGCUUUGAAGGGGAGCAGUGACAGCGACUCUGAGGAUGAGCCCGCCCCCCGAGGAACCGGAGGGUCGGGGAGCCCCAGGCUGAGACUGCAAGUGACUGGCGAAGCGACCUCCAGCAGUGAAGGCCUGGGUGGUGGCAGCUCAGAGGAGGAGGCACAGGAUGUCUGGGAGGCCCAGCAGAUGAGGAAGGCACUCCGAGUCACUGAAGUGGGACCGGCCUCGAGCCUCUGCCACGUCCAGAAAUGCCACCCAGGGAAGAGGAUGUCCGACUGGCCCGUCUCCUUUCCCCCGGUGAACCUGGACGUCAUCAAGAAACAACUCAGUAGCCGGUUGGCAUCCUUGGAGGGCGUGCACCGUUCCCACCAGAGGGAAUAUGAAAGAUGCCUGCAGGACGUGGACAGUGCCAAGAGUGCCAUCGCGGCUCUCGAGAAGGCACCGGACCCAGCUCCCACCUACGCCUUUUACAAGGGCCUGAAGAACUACUUGGCCGUCCUGGUCGAUUGCCUUAGUGAGAAGAUCGUGGCCAUCCAGGAGCUAGAGUCGGCCAUGCGUUCCCUCCUUCAGAAACGGGCUGCCUUCUGCUUGAAACGUCGGCAGGAGGAGUUACAGAGUGAAGCCACGUACUUGCAGCAACUAGCCGCCAGAAGGACAGAUGAUGCCCAAGGACCUGGUGACACGGACACAGCCGUAGAAGCCCCCAGACUCUCCGAAGAGGCCGCUGCCCGGAGGUUGCAGAGAAGACAAGCCCAGGAGACUUGUGGGCGCUGCUCACAGCCUCAGGAGGGCCUGUCCAGUGACGAUGACGACCAUGACGGGGACGUGGCUCCAGCUCCGUGGGAGAGGGCCCACCUCCGAGACAGGCGAGGGGACAUUUUGCAGCGCAGCCACAAGGUUUUUGAAGACGUCAGCGAGGACUUUUGUGACGCCCAGAAGAUCCUGCUGAGAUUCCAGCAAUGGCGAGAGCGCUUCCCCGACUCCUAUUACGAAGCUUACGCCAGCCUCUGCCUCCCCAAACUUCUCAGCCCCUUCAUCCGCAUCCAGAUGUUGGAUUGGAAUCCCCUCGAGCCCGGCUGCGUCCCAGUGCAGCGCAUGGCCUGGUUCCAGGCCCUGCAGGGAUUCGCCAGCAGUGGGGCUGCGGCCCGAAGGGAGGAAGAAGGCCCCGAUGGGGCGAUCCUGCUGGCCGCUCUAGACAAGACGGUUCUUCCUCACGUCGCCGGCUUCGUCCGCUGCCUUUGGGACCCUCUGUCCACCUCGCAGACCAGGAGCCUCGUGGAACGCUGCAGGGAGGUGCUCGGCCUUCGUGCAGCUGUAGGAGGUGGCAGGGGCCAUGCCACGCAGGAUUUGAUGGACUCGGUUAUUUCAAGACUGAAGAAGGCAGUCGAGGAAGACGUCUUUAUUCCGCUCUAUCCAAAAAGGGUUACCGAGGAUGAAGCCUUGCCGCACGCUGGCUUCCAGGAGCAGCGCUUCUGGUCUGCUGUGAAGCUUUGGGACAACAUCCUCCUGUGGGAUGGCCUCGUCCCCGAGGAGGCUCUACGGGAGCUGGCCCUGGACAAGCUGCUGAAUCGCUACCUGGUCGUUGCGCUCUCCCAUACGGGCCCUGCACCCGGAGUGCUUGAGAAGUACCGCAGGGUGGUCGAGAGUCUCCCCGAAAGCUGGCUCGGGGGGCCCCACGCGGGGUCCUGCAUCCCUCAGCUCACCAGCCUUGCCCAGGUGCUGGCCCGGGACACGCAACAGCUCCACAACGAGGAGGACGACAGGCUUGGGUCAGAAGUACGGGAGAUGGUCCUCCUCUUGGUGAAGAUGAAGGCUCUGCCUCAGGCCCGGGCCUUCGUGGAAAGGAACCAGCUGGCUGUGCUGAGAGCCCUCGUGGGGGCGGCGCCGUGAAGGGGGGUUACGGGGCCCCCUCCCCUCCCCCCUCGAUGCAGCCACACGGAGGUGCCAGAUAAAUGUUUAUUGUACCGCU